AACUCGGGUUCGCGACUAUCGGCCUUCACACAGUCACUGUCGAAAAUUCUUUUGCAACAUUGGACGGCGUCAUGGAUACGUUACCACAGGAGCUCAUCAACAAAAUUGCCCUAUAUCUAGACCGCUAUCCUGAUCAGGCACAGGUCCCCGUGAUCGAACAGUGCGGAAACCAUUCUAAGCUCCCACCGUACGCGACAAUUUCCAGUCGAUGGAGAGAGGCUGUGGAAUUCGUCACGUUUCACCGUCUGUUCAUCAAGAGUCAUGAGCUAAGUCAGCUCGAGGCUAUGGUGACCGGUAGUCGUCCCAGAUACCUAACGAAAUUGUCCUUCGAAAUUACACUCUCAGAGUACUCGGCAGAACGCUGUGGACAUGUCGAGUCAGCAGAAGAACAACAUUGCAACGAUGACGCAUUCACCCAAGCUAUUGUGAACUUGUUCACCCUUGUAAAGAAAUGGGAAGAUGCAGGCCCACAACAUGGUUUGCGACUAAAACUAAGCGGUGCUUGUUCCCCGACUGAUCUUCGUGAUCGCAAUCAAAUCGAACUUGAAAUAGCACAGCGCAAGCGGGGGAAAGACAUUUUUGAAAAGCGAUGGGUGAACUCUUAUCUCCAUCUCACCAGGCCGGAAAUGAUACCCACGCUCUCGAGCAUCGUAUAUCUCCACCUUGAAGGCCACAUUUCAAGAAAGGUGGCUCCUGUAGUCGGUCCUUGUCUAGCUGCAGUUCUGCCCAACCUGCAAGCUUUCUACUGGGAAUUUGGAGAGGUAGACGAUAAGUCCAUCAACGUGGAAAGCAGGGUCUCCUUCGCAAGGAUGUUCGAGCAGACCAAGCUCGACAAAUGCUCUGCAGCUGAAAUCAACUUCCAUUCAGAAUACUCAUUUGACCACCGAGUGGCUGAACCUUCGCGUGUACCAAUAGGCGCACCCUACGAUCCGUUCAGCGCAUCUCUGCGCACCUUUUCGCAGAACUUGACUUCCCUUGUUCUGGAUGGCUUCGUUGACUCGACUCUAUUCUGGCCCUCAAGUCUCGAGACAAGCUCCAGGCCCAGUUGGCCGACCCUUAGGAAGCUGACAGUCUUGUUCAACAUGGCCACCCCGUCUGGCGAAUGGUACUUUGACGGAACACCGGGCGAGAUUGUGGAGCAAUUUCGCGACCAUGAAGAUGCAAAGACUUUAGAUCCAUUCCUCACGGCUUUCGCAAAGGCGGUCCAAAUGAUGCCGGUCCUCGAACAGUUCCUGCUUCAAACGGAGCUUGGCUACGAUAUAGGCUACUGGAGCAUAUCGUACCAUGCACCUGGAAUCAAAGCUGAUGGGGAUGAAAACGAAGACGAUGCGAAGGUGCGGCGGCUUUAUUAUUCCGUCGGAGAAGCAUGGAGGCCGAAUAGCUUCAUUGAAGAAGCCUUUCAACGUAUCGGGCGUGAGGGAUCGCGCAGUGAUUAA